AUGUUUUGUUCACAUCCAAAUUUAACUUUUAUUUUAGGCACCCUCGCAGCCGGUUUAUAUUGUAUGCAAACUUGUGCUAAUAUUUUUCUCGCUUUGGAUCGUUGUGCAGAUUCUUUUUCGACAAAAAUUUCGGAUUUUUUCUUUUUGGGUACUGAUUUGUUUUUUCUCCGAUGCUUCUAGUGAGUGACUCUUAGAGAAGCUUGUUUUUUUUUUCCAAGGAUAAAUUUUUUGAAUGAAAAAUAGGGAAGUGAAGCACUUGAGUGAUUUGAUGAUUUGAUUUGAUUGAUUUGAUUUGAUUUCAUGAUUUCAUGAUUUUUUUUUAUUUUUUUUAUUUUUUUUUAUUUUUUUUUUUAUUUUUUUUUUAUUUCAUUCACAUGAUUUCACUGGGGUAGAGUUACUUCAUUAAAUGAAAUUAUGAUCCAAUUUUUAUAUUCCUCAAAAUUAUCCGCAUGUUUAAUGUUUUAAUUUUAAGGGCCACGUACUUGGAUGUGGAUAUUUUGUUCUUUUCUUUUUGGCAUUUAUAAUUUUUUGUUUAUUAGUCCAGGUCUUUAUAAUGGAAUUUAUAUGAAUUGGUUUGAAAAUCCGUAAAUUUAUUUCUAAAUUUAU